CCUCUCCCCCCUCCGCCCCCGCCGUGGAAAGUUAAGUUUGAAGAGGGGGGAUGAGGGGAACAUGGACAUGAAGAAGAGGAUCCACCUGGAGCUGAGGAACCUGACCCCGGCAGCAGUUCGAGAACUUGUCUUGGACAAUUGCAAAGCAAAUAAUGGAAAAAUUGAGGGGUUAACAGAUGAAUUUGUGAACUUAGAGUUCCUCAGUUUAAUAAAUGUAGGCUUGUUUUCAGUUUCAGAUCUCUCCAAGCUACCUAAAUUGAAAAAGCUUGAGCUCAGCGAUAAUAGAAUCUUCGGAGGUCUGGACAGAUUAGCAGAAGAACUUCCAAGCCUCACACACCUGAACCUGAGUGGGAAUAAGCUGAAGGACAUCAGCACCUUGGAGCCUCUGAAAAAGUUGGAUUGUCUGAAAAGCCUGGAUCUGUUUGGCUGUGAGGUCACUACCCUGAAUGAUUACCGAGAGAGCGUCUUCAAGCUCCUGCCCCAGCUGUCCUAUCUGGAUGGCUAUGACCGAGAGGACCAGGAAGCCUCGGACUCGGGUGUGGAGGUGGAUGGUGUAGAGGAAGCCCCCGACUCAGACGCAGAGGUGGACGGUGUGGACAAAGAAGAAGAGGAUGAAGAAGGAGAAGAGGAAGAGGAAGAUGAGGAUGGUGAAGAAGAAGAGGAUGAAGAUGAAGUCAGUGGAGAGGAAGAAGAAUUUGGAUAUGAUGGAGAAGUUGAUGAAGAUGAAGAAGAUGAGGAUGAAGAUGAAGAGGAGGAAAGUGGGAAAGGUGAAAAGAGAAAGAGAGAAACAGAUGAUGAAGGAGAAGAUGAUUAAGACCCGAAACAAUCUGCAGGAAACAGAACUGUUGAGUAUUGGUUGGACUGCUCAUGGAUUUGGUAGCUGUUUUAAAAAGGUAGCUGUGAUACAAGCCCCAGGACACCCCCACCCAAAGAGCCAAAGAAUAGUUCCCGCGACAUUCCGCCUUCCUUCGUUUAGCCCCUUGGUAAUCCACCACCAAGCCUGGGGACUUCACCCCAACAAAAUUGUAAACAUUGUUAGGUUUUCGUGUAAGACUCUCUUGCUGUAUUGUGACA